AUGUGCAACGGCGGCAGCUCGCAAGAGGAGAAGAAAGCACCUCAAGCCACACUCCACGUGUCACUACCACAGGAGUUCAAGUACGAGGUGCUAUUAGCAGCAACUAACAACUUCGACCAAUCAGCUGUGCUGGGCGAAGGUGGAUUCGGGAAGGUCUACAAGGCCGUGAUUCGCGGAGGCAAGGGGGAGGAGAAUGGGGACGGCGGAGAGGGGAAGGGGGAGGGUGGGGCGGUGGCGGUUGCGGGACAGGCAGUGGCGAUUAAAGUGCUGAAUAGUUCUGGGAAGACGAGCGGUUACCGGGAAUGGGUGACGGAGGUGCUGAUGUUGGAGCGUCUCUCCCACCCCAACCUCGUCAGCCUUCGCGGUUACUGCGCUCACGGCGAAAUGGCAUUCCUGGUGUAUGAAUACGUCUCUAAAGGAGCCCUCAAUUACCACCUCUUCUCCACAGCCGACAAUGUGAUUCCCCUGUCGUGGCAGCAGCGGGUGCAGAUAGCCGUGGGAGCGGCAACAGGGCUGCACCAUCUGCACGAGAGAAACAUUAUUCACCGGGAUUUCAAAUCGUCCAACAUCCUGCUUGAUGAUAACCUGGUGGCCAAAGUGAGCGACUUUGGGCUGGCAAAGGUGGGCCCAGUGGGGGAUGAGAGCUACGUUGAGACCAAGGUGAAGGGCACACCAGGGUACAUCGACCCUGCUUACAUGGAGAGAGGACUGCUGACAGUGAAUUCUGACGUGUACGCUUCUGAGGUGGUGCUCUUAGACCUGCUGCUUACACUGGUUGUGCGGCCCUUACAGUCUCCCUCCGUCCCCUCCCUCCCUGUCCCCCCUCUUCCCCCUCUUCCCCUCCAGAAUCAACCUCCCUCCUCUUCUCCCCCCCUCCGUUCUUCCCCUCCAGGUCGCCUGACGGUGAAGUCUGAUGUGUAUGCCUUUGGGGCGGUGCUGCUGGAGCUGCUGCUUACAGUGAUUGUGCAACCCGUGCUGCUGCAGGGUCGUCGCACGGUGAAAUCGGAUAUCUAUGCGUUUGGGGUGGUGCAGCUAGACCUUCUAACCGGUCGGCAUUCCACAGACAGCGACAGUGGCAGCUUGGCGCAGUGGGUGUGGGAGGAGUCUGGCGUUACAGUGUCGCCUGAUGUGAAGUCUGACCUGUAUGCAUUUGGAGUGGCGUUGCUGGAGCUGCUGCCUACGCUGGUAGUGGGAACCUUCCGACCUCCCUCCCUACCCCUCUCCCUCCCACUCUCAACCCCGUCUCUCCUCCCCUCGGGUCGCUUGACUGUGAAAUUGGACGUCUAUGCGUUUGGAGUGGUGUUGCUACAGUUGCUGACCGGCCGGCGGACGGACAGCGACAGUGGCAGCUGGGCGCGCUUUGAAUGUGGGAGGAGUCAGAAGUGUCGGCUGACGGUGAAGUCUGAUGUGUAUGCGUUCGAAGUGGUGCUGCUGAGCUGCUGCUGA